AUCUUGGUUUUCGAAAGCUGUUUGUAAGAACUAUUAAAUUAAUUAUUUCUAAUUUGAAAGUUUUUUCAUUGCGAUCGUUGGAAAAACAAAUACACAGGGAUUCGAACGUUAAUUAAUUAGUCACAAAUGGAAUCAGAAUCUCGUCCUUUUGUAAAUCCAGACCUUCCCGGCUAUCUUGGUUUUGCAAACUUACCUAACCAGGUCCAUAGGAAGUUUGUGAAGAAAGGAUUCGAGUUUACAUUAAUGGUAGUAGGUGAAUCUGGCCUUGGAAAAUCAACUUUAGUCAACAGUUUGUUCCUCACAGAUUUAUAUCCUGACAAAAUUCAUCCUUCAGCUGCAGAAAAGAUUAAAAAGACAGUGAGCAUAGAAGCGUCUACGGUUGAAAUCGUUGAAAGAGGAGUGAAACUCAAAUUGACUGUCGUAGACACUCCUGGUUUUGGAGAUGGAAUUAAUUCGUCAGAUUGCUUCAAGAGCAUCAUACAGUACGUGGAUCAGCAGUUUGAUAAGUUCUUGAAAGAUGAAAGUGGUCUGAAUAGGAGGAAUAUUAUGGAUAGUAGAGUUCAUUGCUGCUUCUAUUUCAUUAAUCCAGUAGGGCAUGGGUUGAGACCUCUGGACAUAACAUUCAUGAAACAGCUGGACAAAAAGAUCAAUAUCGUACCGGUCAUUGCAAAGGCUGACACACUCACCAAACAGGAACUUUUAAAGUUGAAAAAAAUUAUAAUGAGUGAGAUUGAGAAGCACAAGAUUCAAAUCUACCCAAUACCUGAAUGUGACGAUGAUGAGGAUGAGGAUUAUAAACUGCAGUGCCAACAAUUGAAGGAAGCAGUUCCGUUUGCAGUUGUGGGCUCAAAUGCAAUCAUUGAAAUCCGAGGUAAGAAGGUCAGAGGUCGUCUGUAUCCGUGGGGCGUAGUGGAGGUCGAGAACCCGGAGCAUUCAGAUUUCAUCAAACUGCGAACUAUGCUUGUGGCUCACAUGCAAGAUCUUCAAGAGGUGACGCAAGAAGUUCAUUACGAGAACUAUCGGCUUUCGAGGUUAGACCAGCCUGACUCAGGAACACCUGACAAUGUCCAAUCUCCAACAAACAAGAAGAAAGAUGACAGGGUCACUGAGAAACAACUUCGGGAAAAAGAGAUGGAGUUGCGAAGAAUGCAAGAGAUGCUGAACCGCAUGCAGGCCCAACUUCAAGCAGGCUCCAGUCAAUCACUGACCAACAACAACAGAAGCAGCAACAACAACGCUAAUGUGGCAAGCUUCAAACAAGAUAUGUAA